AUGGCCAAAGUGCGAUGUAUUCAGCACCUGUCAGGAUGGUUUGUUCUCCUCGGCUUAAUGACACACCAAAAUCACGCCAUUGAGACAGUGAAUGUUGUGGACUUUUGUGGACAGACGAUACAGAGGGAUGGCAUGAUCGUAAAGUCCCACCAGGAGUCCAGGAAGUACUACUUUGUCUCCUUAGGGACGGAUUGCCACCUCACCAUGCAGUCUGCAACACUCCGGGACAAGGUACAAUUCUACUUUCGCUUCUUCCUGGUCUACAGCCUGCUUAGAGUGUCACCACACAGCCCUGCACCCAUUUUCCCGGAAUCGCCCAGGGGGUCUUCGUCAUCUGGCCUUACGCGCCCUGACCUCAGCAUGGAGCCAACCACUGGGGAGGGGCCAGAGGACCCCUGCCAUGCUGGCUCCUACAUCCAGUUCUACGAUGGGCGGGAUAAGUCUGCACCUCCUAUUGGCCCACCACUUUGUGGAAAGAGCCCUCCACGACCAGUGUUGUCUACUGGCAACUUUCUAACUCUACGUCUGGUGACACGAGGAACGCAGCCAAGGGUGGACUUUGUUGGAGACUUUACCUCAUUCAGGCUAGGUUUUAACCAAUCAGAGUGCAGUGGACAGCCUUUCUUCAAUUGUCAGAAUGGGAAAUGCAUUCCAAUGAGCCUGGUUUGUGCAGAUGAUAAAGGCAUUGACAACUGUGGCGAUGGGAGUGACUUAAUUGAUUACCCUGGUUGUAAUGGUCAGUACAGACUGCUUGUCUUUUAG